AAAUGGAAGAAUCUCACGACGCUGACAGUGCUGAAUGGGACAUUACAGUGUUUUUGAUAAAGACAAUGAUUAAACAGUGAAAUGAAAUAAGGGACGUUAAAGACUUUUAAAAAAUGUGAAGAUUUAGUUAUAUUGGAACUAUAAGUUUUUCAAUAUUUUUUGCAUAUAAUUUAUUUUUGCAAAUAAAAAAUUGAAUUUAACCAAUAAUUUAUAUUAAAUUUGGUAAAUUAUUCAUAAUCAUUUGCAAGGACCCAAAUUUUACAUUUGAAGUGUUAUUGGAUUUCUAACAAGCUACAAACAGAUCAUCCAAAAUGCGUAUAUCAGACUACAGAUUGGAGCGCGACAGCAACGGCAACACAGGCCACGUCGCACAUUCGAGCUCUUGCACCCAGAUCCACAAAAUUCCGGACAUAGAUCCUCCGGUGAUAGAUCUUCAUGCUGAUUAUGACCUCGAGAAGACCAUUGCUGAAGGAUGUUUUGCCAGGAUUUUCUUGGCGACUCAUAAAGGGACCAAUACAAAGGUCGUUCUGAAAGCCAUACACGCAGAAUUGACAUCUUUGAAAGAUUUUAUCAAGGAAUAUCAUUACAAUUAUACUUUGAGUCAUCAUCCGAAUAUAUUGUCCAGCUAUAGAGUUUGUUUUAAGGCCGAUAAUUUCUAUUGUUUCGCACAAGAACAUGCGUGCUAUGGAGAUCUAGCAGCAAAUGUUAAGGCAGGUGGUUUGUCUGAAGAAAGUUGCAAACGAAUUGCUUCUCAAUUGAGCGGUGCGCUAGAUUUUAUGCAUUCAAAACAAUUAGUCCAUCGAGACCUGAAAUUAGAAAAUAUUCUUGUUUUUGCACCGGAUUUUGCCAGAGUAAAGCUUUGUGAUUUCGGCGCCACAGUUCGCGAAGGAACUCUUGUCAACCGCAUCGGUUGCACAUGGAUUUCUUUCUUACCACCAGAAGUCUGCGAAAUUGUGCGAAAUGAAAGGUAUAUUUGCAAGUCCUCAGCUGAUGUUUGGCAGUUGGCUGUAGUUUUAUUUGUAUGUCUAACUGGAAACACACCUUGGCAACAUGCUGAUAGCAUCAGGGAUGGAAACUACUCCGCUUUUUUCCGUUACCAACGCAGAAGGACAACUAAGAUUCCCAAUAAUUUCCGAAGGUUCUCCCCGCGUCUUUUGAGAAUGUUUAGAAAAAUGUUUGAACACAAACCAGAUAAACGAGCUAAAGUUACUGAAGUCAACAAGUACCUAAAAGACUCGUGGACGGAUUCAAAAAUCGUUCAUUCGAAUUCUGGUUCAAGCAAUAUUUUCAAUUACACACCAUUGCGAGGUAAAGAAUCAAUUGCAGAAGGUUGCGAAGAGAAACCAGCUUCAAGAAAUUCUAUUGAUGAAAAUAAAAACAAAUUAGCAAGACUGUUAAGUAGUUAUGGACUUGAAACCACGGUGGACCACCAGGUAACGACAAAGCGAAUUUGGGAAUGGGUACUUGCGUGCGAAAAUCAAGAUGCGCAAGAUAGUGAAUUAUAUUAAUUCAUUAUAUUAUAUUUUAUUAAUUUGUACAUAGUAGUAUUACUUGAAUAAAUAAUUAUAUUUUAAUACGUAGAAAUUAGAAAAAAUACCAAAUGGUUUGAAUGGGUUUCUUAAAAUUAUUGGUCACAAAAAAUAUAUUUUUAUCAAUAAUAUUAGGGAAAUACAUGACAAUAAAAAGGAUACAAAAACCUACAAUUAUCCCAGGGGAAAGAAUUUAAUAUAUAUGUGGUAACCAGUUAUUAUAUCCAUUAUUUAUGUUAAUAUAUGACAAUUUGAUUUCUGUGCCCAAAGAAAGCAACAUGAUAUGCGUUUGUUAAUAAUUUUAUAAAAAAGCAUUGAAUUCUUCAAAGACAUCCAAUCGAAAAGAUUAUUACUAAUGAUGAUGUC